AUGAGCUGCAACACCGCCAACGAGGACCACGACAAUCGCGAUCCUGGCUCCUCUUCCGCCGCCACUGGCUUGUCGGCCGUCGAUGGAGACGCCAUCAGCUUGUACGAGUACAUCAUCCGUGAUAAAGUAUGGGGCGCCAACCUCGAUCCACCCGAGUCUGCUAAGAAUGUCAUCAAGCCGUGGCAUGACCGUCUCUCGGCUGAGCCCUCCACACAGUCCAACGUUGACGAUCAGCUCGCCAUCACCGUCCCCUUCACCUGUCCGGUACGCUUGAAGUCCAUCCUAAUCAACACAGGCACGGGCGACUUUGCUCCUACACGCUGCCGAGCCUUUGUCAACCGUCCUGAUGGCAUCGACUUUGAAGACGUCGAGCUGGCCACAUCCGACGGCCAUCCCGCCGAGCUCUCGCCCCUCGCCAGUGCGGCCACGCUCGGCAACGUCGGCAGCGGCAAAGCACAAGCUGAUUUCGCUCUUUUGCGAGGCCAGCAAGGCGUUGUCGAGUAUCCCGUCAGCGUAGCACGCUUCUCUCAUACCAACAGCAUCACCAUCAUCUUGUCCCAUUCCAACGCGACCACCCUUUCCCGUUUCUUUUACCUGGGCUUCAGGGGUACCGCCCUUAUUCUCAAGAGCGAGCCUGGCGAGAGACUCAACAUUGGUGCUGCCAACUCCGCCGACCGCCCUGUUGAUGGUUUGCGUGAAAAGCGUGCGGCGAACCAGGGCCUUGCAGGAGGCAGCAACUCAAGAUCUCGCACAUCUUCUCCGCGUUACAUUGUCGCCGACCCGGCAGCCGCGCAACGUAUUGCUCAGAUCGCAGAGGACGCCAACACGACACCUAGAAGAUCGCCCAGGAGGAAUCGCACCUCGAUGAACACCGCGUCGACAACAAACGAUGAGAUCGACUCCCCAACAACCACGCCGACGCGCAAACGCACAGCAAGGCCGUCUCAGGCUGGUGAUGCUGACCAAGAUGACACCGAAACCACACCUCGUGCUAAUCGCAGCCCAGCAAAGACGCGAACCCCGCACACAGCCCCUCCUGUCCGCGAACGUCCUUCUAUUGCGGGUACCUCAGGCGCGCACUCUUCACACAGUGGCAGAGAUGGGUCGCAGCCAGGUGCAAACGCUGCGGCUUCGAGUUCCAGCGAUCCCACUCGCCGCAGAUCCCUUUCGCAGCCUCCGCCUAACGACGUCUUGCUUCGCCAACUGCACUCUAGCUCCUUGACGCCUUCUGCCAAGUAUGCAGCUGCACAACGCCAAGCACGAACACCGUCUCAAACUACGGUUGCUCUCACCACCACUCCGGGACGACGCAUUCUUGGCACACCGCACCGCACCGUUCCUGGUGCCGAAGCUUCCGUCGGCGCGUCAUCAUCCCAAACUCAGCAGCAAGGCAUGCACACUCCCGCCACGGACAAACGACGCAAGCGCAACGAUGCGCUCUUAGCCAGUGCGCAGCGCUCACGAGAGAGGAGGUCCGCCUCCCGCAAAAGCCUUCUCUGGGGCGGCGUGGGCGGAUGGGCUGGUGGACGGGAAGAGUCGCCCAUGGAUCUGCUGCGACGUCUUGCUCGUGCUCCUGGCUUUGUCGCCCCGCCCACGCCCUCUGAAGACUCGAUUGCCAUGCCACCUCCUGCCGCUGCGGGUCGUCUAGGCCGAUCCAGCAACGCGAGCUCCGCCGCCGAUGCCUCCAGCUCGCGUACACGAGCCAGAGACAGCGCCGCCAGCACCUCGGGGCGCUCCUCUCUCAGCCGUGCCACCAUGCUCGUGCCCGGUGAAUCCGUGCCUGGCGACUUGACGCGCGACAGCAACGUCAGCGACUCGCUCGAUGUCGACGAAUCUCUCGCCUCUGCUACUGACAGUCUGGAUGACCGAUCGCGCUCGCGCCUUUCGGAUAUGGGUAUUCCGCGUCGAGCAUCCGGUGUUGGCAUGGUCCGAGGAGGCAUCUUUGCUGCCAUGGCCGACCGACCGAAGACGUCACGCAUCUCGACUGGGUCGCGUGUAUCUUUCGCCGCCGACCAACCCUCGCCAGCGUCGAUGCGAUUCGACGACAUGUCCAGCCGCAGGGAAGACGAACUCGAGCGCAGUCUCCAGCAGUAUGGCGGUACGGAGAGCUUCAUCUCUGCUUCCGGCAUUGGUCUCGCCACUGCCAAAGCGAUUCGCAGGCUCGACGAUCUGACACGUCAAAGCUUUUUCAGUGAAGAUGGUGAAUUGCAGUACGAUGAGGAGGACGAGGAAGAUGAGGAAGCGGACGAAUCAGCUCUGGAGGCAAGGAGGAGGAAGAGUCUCGGGCGGUCCAUGUCGGAGCCGCUCGAUGGAGAGGCUGAUGGCUCUGUGCUGUUCUUUGGUGAAGACGACGAUGAUGUGCCGCAGAUGGAGAGUGAAGAGGAGGAGCAAGUAUCGGACAGCCUCGCCGUCGAUGCACCGGACGACGACUCGGACGGUCUAGCUCGACGACGGGCUGCCGACGACUCGACAUCGCGCGACUUGAUGGAUGCAUCUCGUGGAUCCAUCACAGGCGGAGACGACGACGGCGGUGCUGCAGACGACAGCCGAGCCUCGAGGGUCUCGUUUGCAGAGCAGGACGAGGUGUCGUUCCAGGUCGACGACGCCUACUCGUCCGACGACGGCGGGGUCGAAUACGGACUUUCCGUGCGCGAUGAGGACGACGCCGACGACGACUCGGACGCGGAUCAGCGCGAUGCCUCUGCUCGCCGCCUCGACCUGCUCGACCCCAAAGACCUCAAUGCACUGCUCAAGCGGCGCAUUGUCAAGAAGCGCAAAGCGCGCGUAUCGCCCCAUACGGGCGAGCCAGUACCACCACUACCCGCCUCCACCAUGCGCGACAUCUUCUCCUCGUUCCUCACGCCCUCCUCUUCCGCCUCCUCCACCUCGCUGCUCUCAUCUUCCGGCGCUGCCUCAACCAGCAAAAAGGCGAAAUUCGACAGCACAGUCCUGGACGAACUCGACGCGGCGGCACACGACUUUUUCGCCGACUUUGCCUCGAACUUGCUCGGCCAGGCAAAGACGCGUACCGCUCGGCGCGCUGCUGAGGCGGGCAUUACGAUCAGCGAGGCGGAUGUCGUGGCGGUGUUGAAGCGCCAAGGCAGGGUGACUCCAAGGCAUGAUGCGAGCAGUCUGGCGCACAGGUUGCUGCCGAGGGAGCUGACCGAUCAGAUGGAGCUCAGCCGGUGGGCCAAGGUGGGGACGGUGCAGACGACGUUGAGUGGGAUGUUGGGCGGUGGAGGUGGGGGGAAGAAAAGAGGGAAGAGGGCAGAUGCGUCGGUGGCUGAUACGACCGCUGCUAGUAGUGUUAUGCUAGACGAUGACGAUGAGUCGAUGUAG